GAAAAAUUUGCGUUGUGAGCUUUUGAUUCAAAUUUAUAUCGAUUGAUACUUGUGUUGUUGUCUUUGGUGUCAUUGUGUCUACAUUUGUACAUCGAGCUGUUUCUAAUUUUGAAUGAUUGUUUUUUGAAACAUGCAGUCAAGGGAAGAGAGAAACAGGAACUACUUACACAGAAUAAUAAAUGAAAUUGUUCAAAAGAAGCUCGCUGAAUUUUUUAUCACCAAGUGGAACAAUAAAUUCAAAACAACCUAUGGAGAGUGGGAUAACUCCAUACAAAUUGGUAAAAAACUAUACAAUACAGAAUCAACGAGAAAACGACCGAACAAGGAUGCUAUCCAAUCUAAUUUUCAGAAUGGAAAUCCCAGCUGUUGGGAUUGUACGACAUUAUUUGAUGCAAUACUUUUUUCCAACGCAAUUGGAAACAAUCUAAAAUCAUCUGAGAAAAAAGCUUGGGAUGCUGUCGAUGAUCUUCGUGUUGUUCGAAAUACCAUAACCCACGAUAAAACAGUCACUUUAUCAGACUUUGAUUUCCAAGAUCUGGUGAGUAAAAUUGAAAAAUCAUUUUACAUACUAAAUUUUUCCAUUAGUGACAUAAUAGAAAUAAGAACUGAUAGAAACAGCUUUGAAUCUUUUAAAGUUCUUCCUUGUAAGCCCAAUCAUUUUGUCGUUGAACGCUCUGAAUUACGAGAUCAGAUUGUAAAUGAUCUUAAGAAGUUAAGGAACGAGAAUAAUAAUAUGCUUACCUAUUAUUAUAUUUCGGGCAAUAGUGGCAGUGGUAAAUCUCAACUUGUAAGACAAGUUUUCGAAAAAAUGUUUCAACUGUGGGAUUUCGAAAACGAAAUUUCAUUUGUAUGGACUUUUGAUGGAAAAGACGUGAAUUCUCUUUUCACAACUUUUCGUGAUCUUUGUUACCGUUUGAAUUGUGAUAAGGCUAUGCUAAAGAGCGUCUUAGAGGAGCAUAUUGCUCUAAAGGAAAAAGUCAAGAGUUUGCGAUCCUUACUUUCCACAAGAAUAAAACCUUGGAAUAAUUGGUGGGUAGUUGUUGACAACGUUCAUCAGCUGAGCGAAAUCUUACCGUUGCUACCACAAUUAGGUGAAAAUGAGUGGAUGAAUGGACAAAUUUUAUUCACUGUCCAGAACACAGAUGCUGUAACUCAUGAUGAAAUAUUAAGUAAGCAUAUUUCUAUAAGUCAUGGAAUGAACGAGGAAGAAUGUCGUGAGCUAUUAGGUCAUUACACCAAAACAGAAAAUGCAGAUGCGGAUUUGUUAAAGGAAAUAAUGCAUGCAUUAGAUCGUCAACCGCUGGCCUUGGCUGCUGCAGGCUAUUACGUCAGUAGUAUAAACAAAACAAACUAUAGUUUCAGUUGGAAGCAAUAUUUGGAGAAACUGUAUUUGGGAAAAUAUAAUGAAUCAAGCAAUACCCUGGCAAAAGUCAACUCUGUAUAUCCUAAAACUAUGUUUCAAGCUGCAGUUUUUGCUGUUCAACAAAAUGCUCAAAUUUCGACAGCUCUGUCAAAUAUCAUUCGACUUUUUUCCAUGAUAUCUUUUGAUCCAUUACCUCGGGAUUUAAUAGUUUAUCACAUUCAAACUAUUGAUCCUAAUGAAAAAAAGGAAGAUAUAUCUCUAAAAUUGGCACAUUGCUCAUUAUUUUUGUAUUCAGAAAACAACGAUAUUCGUUUGCAUCGCGUUGUUCAUGAAGCUAUAUAUUUCUACCAAUUUGAACUUUUUCAUGAAGAGGAAGAAAAUGAGCAAUUUUGCAACACAAGUUGUUUUCAACAGACAGUAAGUCAAGUUGUCCAAACACUUUACAAAUUUAAAGGCAGAGAUGACCAAGUCUUAUUAAUACCACAUCUUGAAAAAUUUUUAGAGCUGUUAUAUGCAAACAAUGUGAAAAUUGACAUAAAUAUUUUACAAAUUUUUAAAUACUUUGUCAGCACUUUAAGGUACUUUGGAAAAUACAAUAUUGCCUUAGAACUCCUAGAAAAUCUAAGAACACAAAUACGUACAAAAGACUUUUAUGAGACAACUUGGUGUUUGAAUGAGCUUGGUCUUUUACAUCAUAAAACUGGAGCAUAUGACAAAGCUAAAAAACUUCUAAAAAAAUGUUUGGAAAUUCAAGAAGAAAAUCUAAAGCUCGGAACAAAUCAUGUUGAUGUUGCAGCGUCUUUAAACAAUCUUGGUUUGGUGUACGAUUCAACUGGAAAUUAUGACCAAGCCAAAGUGCUCUAUGAAAAAGCUUUAGAAAUUAAAAAAAAGAAACUCGGUCCGAGACAUGUUUUCGUUGCUACGUCGUUGUACAAUCUUGGUAGAAUUUACCAAAAAACUGGACAUUAUAGCAAAGCUAAAGAACUUCAUGAAGAAGCACUGGAAAUACGAAAAGAGUUGCUCGGUGAAAAUCAUGUCGACGUUGCUGCAUCUUUAAUUGAUCUUGGUAUAAUUUACGAUGAACAUGGAGAUUAUGACAAAGCUAAGGAGCUUUAUGAAGAUGCUAUGGAAAUCAAAGAGAAAUGUUUAGGUUCGAACCAUGUUGAUGUUGCUUCGUGUUUCAACAAUCUUGGUUUGGUUUACAAAGAUACUGGAGAGCUUGAUAAAGCUAAAGAAUUUUUCGAAAAAGCUGUGGAAAUUCUAAAAAAAUCACUUGGUCCCAGUCAUGUUGAUGUUGCAUCGCCUUUGAACAAUCUAGGUUCAGUCUACGAAAAAAUUGGAGAUUAUAAAAAAGCUAAAGACCUUUAUAAGCAAGCCUUAGAAAUUAAAAAAAUACGUUUAGGUUCAAAUCACGUUAUUGUUGCCACAACUUUAUACAAUCUUGGAAGGUUGUACAAUAAAACUGGAGAAUAUGACAAAGCUAUAGAAUUUCAUGAAGAUGCGUUGAAAAUUCGACAAGAAAUGCUGUCAGUUCAUGCAGAUGUUGCUUCGUCGUUAAAUGAUCUUGGUUUGCUGUAUAGUACAAUUGGAAAAUAUAUGAAGGCCAAAACGUUGCAUGAAAAUGCUCUAAAAAUUCGAAAAACCGUGUUCGGUCAAAAUCAUGUUGAUGUUGCAGCAUCGCUAAAUAAUCUUGGCUUGGUGUAUAAAGAUACUGGAGAGCUUGAAAAAGCUAAAGAGUUUCAUGAAAAAUCUCUGGAAAUUCACAAAAAAUUGCUUGGUCCAGAUCAUGUUAAUGUUGCAGCAUCUUUAAAUAAUCUUGGUAUGGUGUACGAGAAAACUGGUGAAAAUGAAAAAGCUAAAGAAUAUUAUGAAAAAGCUUUGAAAAUUAAACAAAAUAGUCUUGGUCUUAAUCAUGUUAGUGUUGCUACAACUUUAUACAAUCUUGGAAGGCUGUACGAUAAAACUGGAGAAUAUGACAAAGCUAUAAAAUUUCACGAAGAUGCGUUGAAAAUUCGACAAAAAAUGCUGUCAGUUCAUGCAGAUGUUGCUUCGUCAUUAAAUGAUCUUGGUUUGCUGUAUAGUACAAUUGGAAAAUAUAUGAAGGCCAAAAUGUUGCAUGAAAAUGCUCUAAAAAUUCGAAAAACCGUGUUCGGUGCAAAUCAUGUUGAUGUUGCAGCAUCACUAAAUAAUCUUGGCUUGGUGUAUAAAGAUACUGGAGAGCUUGAAAAAGCUAAAGAGUUUCAUGAAAAAUCUCUGGAAAUUCACAAAAAAUUGCUUGGUCCAGAUCAUGUUAAUGUUGCAGCAUCCUUAAAUAAUCUUGGUAUGGCGUACGAGAAAACUGGUGAAAAUGAAAAGGCUAAAGAAUAUUAUGAAAAAGCUUUGAAAAUUAAACAAAAUAGUCUUGGUCUUAAUCAUGUUAGUGUUGCUACGUCUUUAUUCAAUCUUGCACGGUUAUACCACAAAACUGGAGGAUAUGAAAAAGCUAUAGAAUUUCAUGAAAUGUCUUUUGAUAUUCGAAAAAAAGCGUUUGGUCCAAAUCAUAUUAAUCUUGCUGGGUCUUUAAACAGUCUUGGUAUGGUCUACGACACAAUUCGACAUUUUGAGAAAGCGAAAGAGCUGUAUGAGAAGGCCUUAAAAAUUGAAAAGAAUUGUCUGGGUUCAAAUCAUGUUAUGGUAGCUGCGUCUUUAUUCAAUCUUGGUAGGGUUUACCAUAAAACUGGAGAUUAUGACAAAGCCAAAGAUUUUCAUGAACAUUGUCUAGAAAUUCGAAAAAAGUUGCUUGGUCCAAAUCACAUUGAUGUCGCUACGUCUUUAAAUAAUCUUGGUAUAAUGUACGACAAAAUUGGACAUUAUGACAAAGCUAAAAAUUUUUACGAAAAGGCUUUGGAAAUCAAAAAGCGUUGUCUUGGUCCACAUAUGUAAAUGGUGGUUAUAAGCAACGAAAAAUGAAGAUUAUUUGCAUCUAUAUAACUUUAACACAUUUUACAUGCACAUAUUUAUAUAAUAAUUCAUCUGUAAAUAUUAAAUGCCGCUUAUAGAUGGGAUCUUUGUGGUCAUGUUGAAAAUAAUUGUAUUUAGAAAAAAAUUUAUGUAUAUCUAGACAAGUUCCCAUGCAUACACACCAUUUUUUGUUUAAGUAAGGACGGUAUUUAUCUUUCCAUGAGCGAACUUUCCUUGAUAUACUGAAUAACAUGGUACAUGGAAGUUGCAAAAGUAGAGAAAUAAAUUGUCGGCAUAAAAUGAAUAAAAAGAAAAUUGCUAAAUCUCAUGAGUUGAACUCCAAAGUAAAU